AUGCAGCAAUUACGAUUGAAAAUUAACAAAAAUAUCAUCAUCUCAAACAAAGAUGUUUUCUGGAAAAAGCUAAUCCAAAUGAAGAAAGAUGGAAAGCAAUUUCUUCAGGUGAUAUCUGAUUUUGAUUAUACCUUGUCCACUUUCUACAAGGAAGGUACUCAGCGAAAUCCUUCUUGUCAUGGGAUUCUCGAGCAGUGCCAACUAUUUUCGGAAGAUUACCACAAAGCAACGCGCGCUCUUCAGCAGGAGUAUUAUCCUAUCGAAAUUGAUCCAACUAUUGACCCCACAGUCAAGGCAGAGAAGAUGCAAGAAUGGUGGUCCAAAGCCCAUGAGUUGUUAAUCGGUUUGGGCUUGAAGCGCUCGGAUAUCGUCAACGCAGUAGCCCAAAGCGACAUUCGGAUCCGCGACGAUUCGGUCGAGCUAAUCAACUACUGUCGCGAGAAUCAAAUUCCCUUUUUGCUCUUCUCUGCGGGUCUUGGCGACGUUCUCGCAGAAGUGAUGCGUCAGAAGUGCCACGUCCCCGUGGGUCGCGAGUAUUCGGUGGAAAUCGUGUCAAACAAAAUGGUGUUCGAUGAGAACGACAAACUGGUCGGUUUCGAGGGCGAAACGAUCAACUCCACGAACAAAAACAUGUAUCGACGGUCGUACGCGAAUCGGCAGAGAAGCCGGGAUAAUAUCAUUCUGAUCGGAGAUAACAUCGGAGACAUUCACAUGUCUGAUGGCGUGAUGUAUCAGAAUCAGAUCUCGGUGGGGUUGCUGAAUGAUAAAGUGGAGGAACGAAUGGAGACCUACAAGCAGACAUUUGACUUGGUGAUUUGCAAUGACUCGGAUUUGGGCUUUGUAUUGGAGCUCGUGAAAUACAUUGUCGAGGAAGAUAAUUUUCCAUCACUGAAGGAAGAGGAGGAUCAAGCGGAGGAGGAUUAUAUAGUGGUGCCGCCUAGUCUUGGAUGA